AUGAGAAAACACAUCGAUUAUUGGGAUCAAACUCAACUAGAUUCGGAGCAUGUUCUGCGUGUUUCAUUAUUCACAAUUCAAGAGAAUGAUAUCUAUCUUCAUGAUCCAAGUGUACGAUGGGAUUCCAUCAUCGGACUUGAUGCAGCUAAACGAACAAUUAAAGAAGCAGUUGUUUAUCCAAUAAGAUAUCCGCAAUUAUUCACGGGUAUUCUCUCGCCGUGGAAAGCUUUGCUUUUAUACGGUCCGCCUGGCACAGGAAAAACACUAUUAGCUAAAGCUGUCGCAACGGAAUGUAAGACAACAUUUUUUAAUAUCUCGGCAUCUACAAUCGUUAGUAAAUGGCGCGGUGACUCAGAAAAGUUGGUGCGUGUCUUAUUUGAACUAGCACGUUUUCAUGCACCAUCCACUAUCUUUCUGGAUGAACUCGAUGCCAUCAUGAGUCAACGUGGAAGCGGAGGCCAUUCCGGAUCAGAACAUGAAGGUAGUCGAAGAAUGAAAACGGAAUUACUUGUCCAAUUGGAUGGAUUAGCCAAAACCGAUGAUUUAGUCUUCCUACUUGCUGCCUCAAAUUUACCUUGGGAACUCGAUCAUGCUAUGUUGAGACGAUUAGAAAAACGUGUACUAGUCGAUCUACCGACGAAAGAGGCACGUCAGGCGAUGUUUCAACAAUUUCUUCCGCCUACUGUCAUUCGCGAAAAUAAUGGUCUCGUUUUAUAUUCCGAUCUUGAUUAUACACAAUUAGGCAAUCUAACGGAAGGUUAUUCAGGUGCAGAUAUUAAACUUGUAUGUAAAGAAGCAGCAAUGAAUCCACUGAGAAAAGUAUUCGAUAUAUUGGAGACACUUGAUGAAGGUGCAGAGCUAGGUGCAUGCAUUGAUCUUGAUUCAAUAACAACAAAGGAUGUGGAAAAGGUCUUAUCAACAACAAAACCAUCAGCGCGUGCAUUUAAAGAUAAAUAUACACAAUGGCAGAAAGAAUUUGAAUCUGUGUAG